GGGCGCCAACAAAACCUUUGUUCAAAGCCGCUUCCGCAUUCGAAGUGAUGAGAUACAUGCUGUGUUGUUCAAGGAACAUACUUGAAAAAUAAAGGGAAAUAUGCAGGGCAAUAAUGUUGAAGAAAUCACGGACAAGUUAGAGGACUAUCUGUCAAUAGACACAGAGAAGAUGGACAAAUACGACAGGUACCGGCAGGAGGGGAAAGAGGCUGCCAUGCGUGGUGAUCUGCCUCGUGCCCUUGAUCUGUUUCAGCUGGCUUACCAGCUACAGCCAAGUGACAAGCUGAAGAAACGGAUCCAGGCCAUACAGGAUCUCAUUCAAAGAGAUGAGGAGGAGGAAGAUGAGGAGGAAGAGGAGUUUGUGAAUGUGAAUAAUAGUGGAUUGAUGCUUUAUAAAGGACUCUACAACAAGCUGUACGACCAUCAGAAAGAUGGUGUGGCAUUUCUGUACAGUCUCUACCGUGACGGAAGGAAAGGAGGAAUCCUGGCUGAUGACAUGGGCCUCGGCAAGACCAUUCAGGUCAUUUCAUUUUUGUCAGGGAUGUAUGAUGCAGAGCUGGCCAAUCAUACCCUGUUAGUCAUGCCUACCUCGCUCAUUAAGAACUGGGUACGUGAGUUCGCCAAGUGGACCCCUGGCAUGAGGGUGAAAGAGUUUCAUGGGGCCAGCAAAGCUGAGCGAAACAGGAAUCUGGAGCGAAUCCAGCGCAGGGGAGGAGUUAUCAUUACCACCUACCAGAUGCUCAUCAACAACUACGAGCAACUUGGAUCAUAUGACCAACGUGAGUUCAAAUGGGAUUACGUAAUCCUGGACGAGGCCCACAAAAUCAAAACCUCAUCCACUAAAACUGCUAAAAGUGCACACACCAUCCCCGCAAAACACCGUUUGCUACUGACAGGCACUCCAGUUCAGAAUAACCUUAGAGAGAUGUGGGCUCUGUUUGACUUCGCUUGCCACGGGUCGCUUCUGGGAACCUCCAAAACAUUCAAAACCGAGUAUGAGAAUCCAAUCACUCGUGCAAGGGAGAAAGACGCCACCCCUGGAGAGAAAGCACUUGGAUUGAGGAUUUCUCAGAACUUGACGGACAUCAUCAAACCUUAUUUUCUCAGGCGGACCAAAGCAGAUGUUCAGGAAAAAAAGCAAAAACGUGAAGAAGGCUUUGAAGAUGAGGAAGAUCAAGAGAACAAAUGUCCAAAUGCUGGCGAAGGCGUAGAGAUGCCGUCGCUGACUCGAAAGAAUGAUCUCAUCGUGUGGACGUACCUCAGCUCAGUGCAGGAGGACAUUUAUAACCAGUUCAUCUCAUUGGACCAUAUUAAGGAGUUGCUGAUGACUACCAGGUCUCCGCUGGCAGAGCUUACGGUGUUGAAGAAGCUCUGUGACCAUCCCAGACUCCUGUCUAAUCGAGCUGUGACUCAGCUAGGCCUGGAGCAAGGUUCUGUCUCUGACGCCUUCAAUCCAGGCGAUGAGACUGAGUCAGCUGUGAGUCAGAUCGAUAAAAUUUCAGAUGAAACUUUGGUUGCGGAGUCGGGGAAGCUGCAGUUUCUCGUGUCUCUACUGGAAUGUCUCCGUGAAGAGGGCCAUCGCACCCUGAUCUUCUCUCAGUCGAGGAAGAUGCUAGACAUCAUGGAGCGCGUCCUGCGUAACAAAAACUUCCGCCUGCUGCGUUUGGAUGGCACAGUGACUCAACUGGCAGAAAGGGAGAAGCGUAUCAUGUUGUUCCAGACAGACAAACGUUACACAGUAUUCCUGCUCACCACUCAGGUGGGUGGAGUCGGCAUCACGCUGACUGCUGCAAACCGUGUCGUGAUCUUUGACCCCAGCUGGAAUCCCGCGACAGAUGCUCAGGCUGUGGACCGCGCCUACCGAAUUGGCCAAACUGAAAAUGUCAUCAUCUAUCGACUCAUCACCUGUGGCACUGUGGAGGAGAGGAUCUACCGCAGACAGGUGUUUAAGGACUCUCUUAUCCGGCAGACAACCGGCGAUAAGAAGAACCCGUUCCGUUACUUCAGUAAGCAGGAGCUGCGGGAACUGUUUAAACUCGAAGACACACGUUCAUCUAGCACUCAGCAGCAGCUUCAGGCAAUGCAUGCACAAAACCGCCGCUCUGAUACCAGCCUGGACCACCACAUCGCUCGCCUUCACACCAUGGAGAUGUUUGGCAUCUCUGAUCAUGAUCUCAUGUUCACUAAAGAGGUGGCAGCCAAUGAAGAUGACCCUGAGGAUGCAGAGUCACAUCAGUACAUACAAACACGUGUCCAGAAAGCACAAGAGCUCAUGCAGGCAGAAUCAGAGCUGCACGGCCAGCUCUUGGACAGCAUGGCCCAGAACACCGAACCUGCUUGGCUCAGGCAAAUGAACCAGCCGAAAUCUGCUGGUAAAGACCGCCCGGCCCCACCUCGUGUCAAAAAAGACCCUGUGACAGUGGAUCUGACCCAUAACAGUUACGAUGAGUCAUCACUAGAGGAAGAUGAGCAGAACUUUCCACCAGUUAUGGAUGCAGAAGUGGAAGUUGUAAGUGAAGAAGUGCAAAUUGUAGAUGAAGAAGACCAAGAGGAAAACGAGUAUCCUGGGUCUGCUGGAGAAAGUAACGUGAAUGUUAGCCCUGCUGCUGAGAAGCUAGCUUCCGCUGUGAUCACGCUGGAUGACAGUUUAGAUGAGGAGGAUAACUUUUACGGUAACGGAGCAUCAGAGGAACAAAACUUGCCAAGUCCUUCUCCCCAGUUUCCAAAGUUGGAAGAUCUUUCUAUAGCAUCGGAUGCGCUUGGUACUGAAGAGGUUCAGGUGGACAAGCCUAAUUUAAAGAUGUUUUCAUCACCCCAAUCUCCAAAUGAGGCCACAGCAGGAGAGUCUUUCAAGGCAGAGGUGGAAGUGCUUAAAGGAAACUUCAACUUGCAGCUGGAGGACAGUGCAGAUAUGUUCUCCGUCGAAGAAGAGGAAGUUUGUGAUGUUGAGGAGUCGCAAGCCGAGGAAAGUCAUGGAUUUCAACUUCAGAUGGACAUCAGUGGAGAAAGGCUAGAAGAAGCGAGUAUCCACAAAAGCAGACAAGAUGGUAACCAAAACAAUGUUGAAGUCAGCAAACACGAAUCUCCUCUGAGGAUCUGUUCGGCUCCGGGCACACCUGCGGAUGACUCCUUUGUGCAUUCAGUUCGGAGAAAGAACAGGCAGGUCAUCUCUGACACUGAUGAAGAGGACGAAGAAGAAGAGGAGGAGGAGUCGGAGAAGCCAUGUUUAACGAGCAGUCCAUUGACUGGUGGCCUCAGCAGGCUGGGCUCUUCAACACCAAAAUCCACUUUGAUUGACGGCAGGCAACUCCAGCGCAGCUUGAACGCUUCUGUGGCAUCAAGAAGGUCCUUCGUUGUGUCGAUGCUGGAGAACGAGUCCGACGAGGAGUCAGCAGAGCCCAGUGAAGAGAAAACCAAAUCCUAUGAGAUUUCGGAAGCUAGUGAAAGUUAUGCAGAUGAAUCAGUGGUGGAAGAGGAGGAGCACAGUGGAGACCAAACCAAAUCCUAUGAGAUAUCAGAAGCCAGAGAAAGUCAUGCAGAUGAGUCAGGAGUAGAAGAUGAGAAGCCCAGUGAAGAAAAAAACAAAUCCUCUCAAAUAUCUGAAGUCAGUGAAGCACAUGAAAAUGAGUCUGUGUUGGAAGAAGAAGAGCCCAGUGGAGAGACUUUGAACUCCGAAGAGUCCGAAAGUCACGAAGAGCUUGAAGAGGUGGAAGAAAGCAUAGAUUCAAGAGGAGACCGGGAGCAUGAAGAAUGGCACAGCGCCCUGCUUGAAUCCACUGCUGAUGUUGAACUAGACUCUAAUGAAAUGAUGGAGCAGUGUGCCCCUAAAACAUUCCCUCCGGAACCACAAGUGCUUCCUACUAGCUCCACAAGCAGUGAUGGGACUGCUGCUAAACCCUUGGAGAACACGUAUGAGAUGCUGGUCCUGUCUGGGAAACAGUGUUUGGCAGAAGGGAGAAAGCAGGCGGCUCUGGAUUUCUUUCUAAAAGCCAUAGACAUUAAUACUGGUGAUGCUGAGAUCCAGCUCUUGAUCAUUCAGCUGUACAGACAACUUAGCCAAUAGAAAAAUUUAAAUGUGCGUUAUUCUUUAUGUACCAUGUUUGACAUAACUUUUUUUUUUGUAUUUUUCUGUCUGUUGGUAAAAAGAAAUUGCAGACGACAUGUGACUUAAACAUCCUGAACUGAUCAGAGGAACUACUUAAGAAAAAUUUGUUGUGUAUCUUAAUACUGUUUAUGGAUUCUCCCAGUAAUUCCUCUUCAUGUUUAUUUCUUUACUUAAAUUUCCUUGUUUCAGUUGUUUCAAACUGUUCAAUUGAUCGUAUUCUGAUAUGUACAAUUGUGGAGAAAAAAAAUAAAUUCUCAGCUUUCGUAGCCUGUAUGAA